GGAACGUUUGCGUCGCGCAGAAAGGCGGAUCCCUUUUUUGUCUUUCUGAACUUCUGUAGAACCAGUUUCUACUAAUCACUCCGCUCAGUGUUUCCAUAUCAAAAGUUGGUACAUCUUCUAUUUAAACGACUCUUUAUUCACUCGACGUCUUCGACCGCAGUCACACGGACGACAGAGGAGUUCUUUUCCUCUCAGGCUAACUCGCUAACUUUGAACGCUCUCGCUUAAAACUCGCCAGCAGCGCAAGAAGAAACACAAGGAAGAUGGAAGAUAAACAACUGAUGUGGGCAUUGAAGACCGGGGAUUUGGACGAAGUUGUAAACACACUGAUCACGGCUGAAGAUGUAAAUCGGACCCUGGAAGGUGGAAGGAAGCCACUUCAUUACGCUGCAGACUAUGGCCAGACAGAAGUGAUGAAUUACCUCAUUUCUAAGGGAGCAGAUGUCAAUGCUUCAGACAAGCAUGGGCUCACUCCACUGCUUUGUGCCUGUUUUGAGGGUCACUUAUCAUGUGUCCAGAUCCUGAUAGAAAAGGGAGCAGACAAAACCCAAAAAGGACCGAACGGCCUCAGUGCCUUUGAGGCCGCUGAGAACGAAGCCAUAAAGGCUCUGCUAAAGUGAGACACCACAGUAUCGGAGGUGGCUGGACAGGUGGAUGAACAGGCCUACAGAUGGAUGCAGUGGUCCCCUGACAGAAGAUGGACUCGCCCCUUUUACCCCAAUCAACCUCUGUCUCUACGCUGCUUUUGUCCAUUUGUUGGAAGUUCAUUUUGUCUGUCUGGUGAUUUUCCUUUACCUUGUUUUGUUUGGUUUUAUUUUUCCCUCCCCCCAAGUGUUUGGGAUAGUAUUUUCUCUACUUUUGGCCUCUGUCUGUUAGGAGGACAUACUACGUCUCCCUAAGACCAAAUUCUUGGGGAGUCUUGUUGAAUUUGAAUCGUAAAACACUGUUCAGGCUAAAAAGCAGACUUUACACCAUAAAUGCAGGUUUGUCGCUUAAAUGCUCAUCGUAAAUCCUGCUUUCUUGACCUGUAAAAACAAUAAAAUGCUAAAUGUGUUAUUUCCACAAUUUUAAUUUCUAAUAGUGUAUGGCCAGAGCUUGGAUCUUGUGAGCUGCACUGUGCUAUACUAGAUAGAAUAAAAACAACGGUUGUAAUGUUUCAUCAUGUAAAAACAGAAAAUCACAUGGUAUGGCUUCUUCAUUCUUUUUUUUUUUUUUUUUUAAUCAUAUAGACCGAACUGUCUCUCACACCCCAUGUGGAAACUUUUAAAAUGUUGGGUUAGAGAACUCGAGGUCACCGUCUGUUUUUUUUUUUUUUUUUUUUAGCCACUCGUAUAUCGUAUUGACAAGUUUGCAUUAUUAAUAAAUCAUGAACCUUCUGUAUUCUUUGAGCAAUCAUCAUGCUGGUUAACAAAAAAACUUGAAUGUUCUAGUUUUAAAAUCUAUUGAAUCCGUUUUGAAAUAAUGCUAACGGCACAUAAUACUAGAAACUCCAGAAAUGUCAUUUCUUCUUUAGAAGUGAGCUUUUAGAGCAAAGAAUCCUUUUGAGUUGCAGAGUCCUUUUUCAGAUUUAUUAUCAGUGAGCUCAAAGAUGUGUGAAUUAUGGGUAAAUGGGUUGAAACCUGAUUUCGGUGUGGGGGGUAUUCUCCUUGCCUUGGAUUUGGUUAGAUGCCCUGCCUGUUUUGCUGCAUGUCAAAACUGCCUCUGCUUUCUGCUCUAAAACAGUUGCUGUCCUCAGUUGCUUUCAAAUGAAUUACUAGUGUGUAAUGGACAAAAAAAAAAAAAGAUGCUCUCACUGGCUUUGUUGUGACAAAUGUCUGUAAAACAAAAUAAAAAAUACAUUAUAAAAA